UGGUGCGCAAAAUUUCGCGCGCCUUGGUUUGUUUUGAUUUUCUAGUUAUAAUAUUUAUCUUCCUAAAUUUGCAUAUUUUCGGUAUUUUUUAGUUAUCAGGUGAAUGCUUAUCAACGUGUGUGAUUGCCGGUAUUAUUCGUGACAAUGAAGGGCCUGCUAGCGCAAUGUAAAAAAGAAUUCGGCACGCUAAAUCUAUACGAAGUGCUAUCGUUAGAAAAGAGUGCGUCAUCUAGCGAAGUAAAGCGUGCUUACUACAAACUGUCACUGAAAGUUCAUCCAGACCGAGUCGCCGCCACUGAGCAGCGCUCCGCUACAGUAGUAUUCCAGAUUUUAGGCAAGGUUUAUGCAGUUCUCUCAGAUAAAGAGAAGAGAGCAGUUUAUGAUGAAACAGGAGAGGUGGAUGACGAUAAUGACAUUUUCAAACAAGAAAGAGAUUGGAUGGAUUACUGGAGACUGGUGUACCAAAAGGUGUCCACAAAAGACAUUGAAGAUUUUGAAGAAAAAUACAAAGGUUCCGAAGAAGAAUUGGAAGAUCUGAAGACGGCUUAUGUUGAUUAUGAAGGAGACAUGGAGUCGAUAUUAGCAAAUGUACUGUGCUGCACUGGAGAGGAUGAAACCAGGUUUCGCAAGCUACUGAAGAAAUGCAUACAGAAGAAGGAAUUGCCAGAAUUCGAGAAGUUUGUGAACGAGGACAAACAGGCAGAAAAGGCUAGAAAGAGAAAGGCCAAGCGAGAGGCAGCCGAAGCCGAAGAGCUAGCGAAGAAACUGGGAUUGCGCGGCGGCGGCAGCGAGGCCGACCUCAGCGCCCUCAUACUGCAGAAGCAGCAGUCGCGGGCCGCCGGCGCUGAGGACUUCUUCAGCGCACUGGAGGCGAAGUAUGCGCAGCCGAAGAAGAAGGGCGACAAGAGAAAGCGCAAGCCGUAGACGCGAGGAGGCGAUCUUCACCUGUGACGUAGAUUUGAUGUGUAAUCAUGGCUGGUGAUAUAUAAUAGCAGAUCCAUAUUUUAGUUGGGUAAAGCAGUGUCUUCGUUGAAUUAACAGCGCCAUGACAUUAGGGUUAAUUUUUCCUCCACACAUCAGUACUCAACUUUGCAUGAACUGCAUUAUAAAUAGGUUGCUCUAUAGUUCAGGCUUGUUUGUAUGUAUAUAUUCAGUGAAGUAAAUGUUUAUAAUGAAUAGUA